AUGUUUCAAGAAUUUUAUACCCAGCCAAGUAUCUCUUCAAGUGAAAAGACAAUAGAAAAUACUCUAAGGCAAGCAGUGCACUGGGCAGUCCCACGGCUCUGUCUCCUGCUACAACGGUGUGUGGACAGAACAGACCCAGGGGCGCCCCUUGCUCCCGCCUCCGAUGCCCCUCCAACCUGUGUUCCACUCGCAACCUUCGGAACCAGCCGCUCAGCUGUCCUCGGCCACCGGGACCGCCAGCACCAUAUUUUGAGCUUAACGCCGUAUUACCGAUCCACCACGAGCUCCCAGAUUCGUCAGAAUGAUUCCGCCGAGGUGGAGGCCGCCGUCAACCGCCUGGUCAACAUGCACCUGCGGGCCUCGCGCACCUACCUCUCUCUGGGCUCCUAUUUCCACCGCCACGACGCCGCUCUGGAGGGCCUGGGCCACUUUCUCCGCGAAGUGCCCGAGGGGAAGCGUGAGGGCGCCCAGCGCCUCUUGAAAAUGCAGAAACAGCGCGGCGGCCGCGCCCUCUUCCAGGACGUGCAGACGUCUCAGGAUGAGCGGGGUGAAACCCAGGACGCUGUGGAAGCCGCCAUUAUCAUGGAGCAGAACCUGAACCAGGCCCCUGCGGACCUGCACGCCCUGGGCUCUGCCCGCGCAGACCCCCGCCUCUGGGACUUCCCGGAGAGCCGCCUCCUAGAUGAGCAGGUGAAACUCAUCCAGAAGAUGCGCGAUCACCUGACCAACCUCCGCAGGCCGGCUGGUCCCCAGGCGGGGCUGGGCGAGUCCUCGUCGAAAGGCUCACCCUCCAGCACAACUAGGAGCCUCCGGAGCCCAGCGGCCUUUGAGGAGCCCCUCUGGCGUCAGGGCUCCUGCCUGAAGCCCCUCUCUGCAGCCGCUAGGCAGCUUUUUAACCACCCUGGAGCCCUCUCCCAAGCCUUGGACCAAAUGGAAACAAUAAAGCUUUUUGCAGCAAAGAAAGAAAGAAAAGAAAGUACUCUAAGGCAUAUAAUACCCAGAAAAUACAGCUUCCCUCUCACAAAUUAA